AGCCACUCUGGUAGCAAGAUGGCGAUCACACUCCUGAUCCUCUGCUGUGUGGUCACUGCGCUGGACGCCCAGCCUCCCAAGUGGCUCAUCACUGCUCCCAACAUUAUUCAUCUUGGAGCAGAGGAGACAGUGAGCAUGCAGAUUCAUGGAGCAACUGAACCUGUGGAUGUUGAUCUCUAUAUAAGACACCAUAAAACACAAGACAUUCUCACAUCAAUAGAGAACAUAACUCUCAGUGAAGAUAAUAAAUUUCAAGCCGUGGUCAAACUAAAGGUGGACCCUAAACUAUUCAAACAUGCCCAAGAAAAAAAACCUGUGAAAAACAUGUAUAUCCAAUUGUAUGCCAAUUCCCCAAAGUUUUUUAAUAAACCACAAAUGGUCAACAUCCAUGUGUCAACCAAAAGGGGUUACAUUUUCAUUCAGACUGACAAGCCAAUCUACACUCCUGGAGAGACUGUCAAAUACAGGAUCUUCACAUUAGACCAGUACAUGCUUCCGAAAGAUGAACUGAUCAACCUUAGAAUAUUCAACUCCAAAGGCUUGGUAGUCCAUGGCACUUUAUUAAAAUCUAAUGAAAUCACUCAGCAGAUUGUCAACAUCCCUGACACUGAACCAGCUGGACACUGGAAAAUAGAAGCAUAUUUUUCUGGUGCACCUGAAUCAAAUACCAAAGUUGAGUUUGAGGUGAAGGAAUAUGUGCUGCCAACAUAUGAGGUGAAGAUUGAAGCAGUAAAACCAUACUACACACUGGGAGAAGAAAGCUUCCAGUUCUCUGUUUCUGCAAGGUAUACCUAUGGGAAAGCUGUUGAUGGUGUCGCUUACAUCCGAUUUGGGAUCAUUGACCAGAAAAUGAAUAGAAUCUAUCUACCUGGUCUUGAGAUCCAGACACCGAUUAUGGAUGGCCGUGCAAGUGUCCAACUCCUUACUGAACAUUUUCAAGAAAAAGUAAAAGAAACAAAUAUUACAGACCCAGAAGGCUGCAGUCUUUAUGUGGCUGUAACCGCUUUGGAGAAGGCCAGUGGAGACUUUGAAGAGGCAGAAACCAGUUCUGUGAAAAUAGUGACAUCACCCUAUAUGAUUGACAUGUCCAAGACCAAAGAGUACUUUUCCCCUGGCAGCAAGUUUUCGAUUUUGGCCACAGCCACCUAUCCUGAUGGCACCCGCAUCCCAAACGUGAAGCUAAAUGCUGCCAUUACUGUGAAAUUAACAGACCAAACAGAAAACAUCAUUAAUAAAGAGGUUGUAGCGACUAAAGAGGGAGUUACUGAUAUUACUUUUGAAGUCCCCAAACAAGCUACAUCCCUAGAUAUCAAGCUAUCUGCUGAAGGAGAGAACACACCCUCUGGACAAAUGAUGGUGAGAGCAGUCGAAGACACACAGGAUUAUCUCAGCAUUGAGAUGGAGCAUCGUGUUCUUGCGCCAGACCAGAAGCUAACAGCUCGCUUCAGAGACAUCUCUCCAGCUGGCACGACCCGGCCCUCCCACAUCUAUUACAUGGUCCUGAGUAAAGGUAAAACCUUACAGACAAAGAGUGUUCAGACAACUUCAAGUGAACUCACAGAAAUCACCCUCCCGUACAGCACUGACAUGGUGCCCUCUUUCCGUCUGCUCGCAUACUACUUCAGAGGCUCGACAAUAGUGGCAGACUCAGUCUGGGUGGAUGUCAUGGAUAUCUGCAAGGGGAAGAUUGAGAUCAGUCCAUUGAAAGAUCACAAGCCUGCAGAGAUUGUGAAUGUGGAGGUGAAAGCAGACAGCCGCAGUAAAGUUGCACUGGUGGCUGUGGACUCAGCUGUGUACAUCCUAAACAAACAGAACAAGUUGACCACACAGAAGAUGUUUGAUUACAUGAACUCUUAUGAUCUGGCCUGUUCUGUCGGAGGAGGGAAGAAUGCCUGGUCUGUUUUUUGGGAUCUAGGCCUCAUUUGGAUAUGCAACUGUGACAUGCCAAAUAUUCUCUCCAGGCACAGUCACUCUUGCUUCACUGAAAAUAAACGGUCCAAAAGAGCAAACACAGUUAUUGACUUUUCUUCUGUUGUGAUGAAGCACGGGGAAGACGUCCGGCCAUGCUGUGCUGAUGGAGUCCGGUAUAACCGGAUGGGACUCACCUGUGAACAGAGGUUUAGAAGGACUGCUGGCAAGUCCAAAAAGUGCAGAGACGUGUUUUUUCAAUGCUGUAAAACGGCUACUGAGAUGCGAAAGGCAACGCGAAAAUACAGCCUUGCAAGAACCCAAAGUAAUGAGGCAGAUGAAGCCAUCGAUGGGACAGAUGUGCACCUGAGGAGCUAUUUUCCAGAGUCUUGGAUGUGGCAGCUGAUGGAGACAGAUGAGAGUGGUCAGCUCAGGCACUCUGUACCAACUCCCGAUUCUAUCACAACCUGGGAAAUCCAAGCGGUGGGGAUCUCUCCAAGCAAAGGCUUUUGUGUUGCAGAGCCCAAACAACUGAGGGUGUUCCAGGACUUUUUUGUGUCUGUGAAGUUGCCAUACUCAGUGAAAAAGAAUGAGCAGCUGGAGUUGAAAGCUGUGGUGUUCAAUUACAAGGACACAGAGUUGAAGGUGACUGUGGAGAUGCUGCCCUCUGAGGGCUUGUGUACUGCUGGGGGAGACAGAGCCAAACAGAGCAUCACAGUCUCUGCCAACUCGGCGUCUUCUGUGUAUUUCAUCGUGGUGCCCCUCGAAAAGGGCACAUUUCCCAUCACCAUUCUGGCCCACAGUUCAAGCAAUGUAGCUGAUAAAAUACAGAAGGAGCUCAGAGUUGAGGGAGAAGGGGAGCUAGUCUCAGUUUAUCAGCAGCACAUCAUCAACAGUAAAGUUGACAAGCUGGACUUUGACAUCCCAACACCCUCGGACAUGGUGCCGGGAGAUGAACCAGAGACCUACAUGAGCUUGAAAGGGGGUGUGAUGGGAGAGUCUGCGGGUAACUGUCUGAACCUGGAGGGCAUCAAGACGAUGAUUAUUCUGCCGACGGGCUGUGCAGAGCAGACCAUGACAAAGAUGUCCCCUGCCGUCAACGCCAUGAAGUACCUGGACGCCACUGACCAGUGGAUCAACCUGAGAGCUGACCUCAGAGAUGAAGCCCUGUCCAUGAUCAAGAGUGGUUACAGCAAAGUCUUGACAUACAUGAAAGCAGAUGGUUCUUACGGGAGUUUCUCUUCAUCCCCAAGCAUUAUCUGGAUUACAGCAUUUGUUACCAGAGAACUCACUAAAGCCAGAUCCGUCAUUCCCAUUGAGGAUUCCUACAUAAAGAAGUCCAUAACCUACAUCAUCUCCAAACAGACCCAAGGAGGCUCUUUCCAGGGCAUCAGUCCCUCUAAUGGCAGAAGAAUACAGGGUGGAGUUGGGAAAUCAUCUGGAGAUGAGGCACUGACUGCUUAUGUUCUCAUAGCGAUGCACCAGGCACUGCGUGUCUUUGACACUUUUGAGUCUACACAAGUGAGAAUGGCCAUGGAGAGUGCACAGAGCUACCUGGAGCAGCAGUUGAACUCCCUGGAGGACCCUUAUUCUGUAGCCAUCACAGCCUUUGCCCUCUCACUGACCCAGCCUCAGAGCUCAGCAGCAGCUCAAGCACAGAAGAAGCUUAUAGGCCUGGCCAUCUGCAAUACAAGUGAAAAUAUGUGUUUCUGGGGACCAAAAAUGGACCGGAGCUCUAACGUCCAUGCACGAGCAGACCCGCUUUCUUUGGAGACCACAGCGUACGCCCUGCUACAGACUCUGGCCAUGAAUGACACUCAGAAUGCCAGGAAAACUGCAUUAUGGAUAAUGGGACAGCGCAGGUUUGGAAGCUCAUUCCACUCCACCCAGGAUACAGUUGUUGCCCUGGAGGCCCUUGCCACAUUCAGCGAGCAGAACAAUGAUGUGAACGCCCUGGACCUCACUGUGGAGAUGUGUUUUCAAGAUGGCCGAAAGAAUGUGGUGAGAUUGACGAAACAUAAUGCUCUCACCCAGUCAGCCAUCAAGAUCAAGAAAGGGGGAAAAGUCUCUGUUCGCAUUGAAGGAAAAGGAGACGCCACUUUGUCGGUUUUGCAGAAUUACAGGAGCCUGAAAAGGCCUGACUCAGCCUGUGAUGAAUUUUUCCUGAAUGUCACGGUUGAAGGGGAAGUGGAAUAUGAACCAAACAAAGAUGAUGACAGCUUGUAUGACUAUGAGAACUAUGAGGAUGAGGACCCACAGAAGGAUGACCCAAUGAGCCGGAUGGACUGGUUUGACCUGCGCACCCGUAGGAAGAGACAGGCCCCUGCACAGGAGAAGAAGGAGAACUCUUUGACCUACACAGUCUGUUAUGGGAUGCAGAAUGGGGCCUCUAAAGGGAUGGUCAUCGUGGACAUCUCUCUGCUGAGUGGACUUAUAGCAAAUGUUAAGGACCUUGAGGAGAAAGUAAAGGGCACAGAGAAGUACAUUGACCACUAUGAUUUAGGAUCCAACAGAGUGUACCUCUACUUCAAUCAGAUAACAGACACCACGGAGUGUCUGCAGUUCACAGCGGAACAAAUUGUACCUAUUGGACUAGUCCAGCCAGCUGUUGCUGUAAUCUACGACUACUAUACUCCAACUAAGAAAUGUGGAGUUUUCUACAGUGCACCCCACAGAAGUACUAUGGUUUCCAAGCUGUGUGAUGGAGAUGUCUGCGCUUGUGCAGAGGGUUCCUGUCCGACACCUAAAGUGACUUUCAGUGGAAACAUGCUGUCAAACACACGCACUAACUUUGCCUGUUACAAGCCCAUUGUUGAUUUUGUUUAUGUUGUGAAGGUGGUCAACUCAACAGAUGAUGGCGUCUUCAAUUUUUACUCUACAGAAGUUAUCAAAGUUCUUCAAACAGGCAAAGAUGAAGGAAUUCACGUUGGUGCAACACGGGAACUCAUUCAAAGACUAUCUUGUGUAAAUUUUGCUUUGGCCAUGGAAGCCCAGUACAUGUUCAUGAGUACUAAUACAGCCAUCACACACACACUAGAUGCUAAUGGAAGCCCCAGGUACUUACUGAGCAGGGACGAGUGGCUGGAGAAGAUUCCGGAAAAGAGCCAGUGCCAAGCCACAAGGAACCGCAAGGCCUGCAGACUACUCCAGACCUUCAUGGAGCAGCAUGAGAUGACGCGCUGUGCCUUCUGAACUGGCCUGAUGGACACUCGCAUUUACGCUUUUAACUCUCAUGCAGUAGGCCCUUAAAGGAGUUGUCCUGUCUUUAAGCAGGGGAUUUUACUUCAAAUGACCCUGAAUGUUUUUAAUUGCAUGCACCUCUACAGUAUUUGUCUUCCCUUAAAGUUCAGCCAGUCUGUUAAGAGGAUACUUAUAGGAUGCUCCAUUAAUACAUGUAAGCACUGUUUCACAUAAAAAAACAACAUCACUACAUAUACAUCCAUUUCUAAAUGUAUGUUUGUAAUGACAAGGCAAGAGACCAGUAGAUCAGUAAACCAUGUGCUUUUAUUACCAGUGCAUAUUGACAGAAAUAAAAUCAUGGUCGUAUCAGUCAA